GCAGCGGGUCGCAACCUCCUGGUGGCCAAGCCUUUCUCCUGGGGGACAGGGCGGGCUGCGUUUCCUUGACCGACUUUUGUGAGCCCCCACCCCUGGGUAGAGCGGAAACCAUGGCUUCUCUUCAGGGCCCCCGAGCCCCACUGGAAUUCGGGGGGCCCCUGGGCACUGCGGCGCUGCUGCUGCUGCUACCCGCCACCAUGUUCCACCUGCUACUGGUGGCCCGCUCAGGCCCGGCGCGCCUACUAGGCCCACCUCCRUACCUGCCAGGGCUGGAGGUGCUGUGGAGCCCGCGAGCGCUGCUGCUGUUACUCACCUGGCUCGGCCUGCAGGCGGCGCUCUACCUGCUGCCGGCGCGCAAGGUGGCCGAGGGGCAAGAAUUGAAGGACAAGAGUCGUCUGUGCUACCCCAUUAAUGGCUUCCAGGCCCUGGUGCUGACAGCCCUAUUGGUGGGGCUGGGGGUGUCCGUUGGGCUGCCCCUGGGUGCGCUCCCGGAAAUGCUUCUGCCCUUGGCAUUUGCAGCCACCAUCACCACCUUCAUCUUCAGCUUCCUUCUCUAUAUGAAGGCUCAGGUGGCCCCUGCCUCAGCCCUGGCACCUGGGGGAAACUCAGGCAAUCUCAUCUACGACUUUUUCCUGGGACGGGAGCUCAACCCUCGCAUUUGUUCCUUUGACUUCAAGUAUUUCUGUGAACUGCGACCCGGUCUCAUCGGCUGGGUCUUCAUCAACCUGGCCCUGCUGGUGCAGGAGGCAGAGCAGCGGGGGAGUCCUUCACUUGCCAUGUGGCUGGUCAAUGGUUUCCAGCUACUGUAUGUGGGUGACGCCCUCUGGCAUGAGGAGGCUGUCCUCACCACCAUGGACAUCACACAUGAUGGAUUUGGCUUCAUGCUGGCCUUUGGGGACCUGGCCUGGGUACCCUUCACCUACAGCCUGCAGGCCCAGUUCCUGUUGUACCACCCACAGCCCCUGGGGUUGCCCAUGGCUGCAGUCAUCUGUCUCAUCAAUGCUAUUGGUUACUACAUAUUCCGUGGGGCCAAUUCCCAGAAAAACACUUUCCGAAAGAAUCCUUCAGAUCCCAGUGUGUCUGGCCUUGAGACCAUUCCUACUGCCACCGGGCGGCAGCUGCUGGUAUCUGGAUGGUGGGGUAUGGUCCGUCAUCCCAACUAUCUCGGAGACCUCAUCAUGGCUCUGGCCUGGUCCUUGCCUUGUGGGGUGUCCCACCUGCUACCCUACUUCUACGUCCUCUACUUCACUGCUCUGUUGGUGCACCGGGAGGCCCGGGAUGAGCGGCAGUGCCUGCAGAAGUACGGCCGGGCUUGGCACGAGUACUGUCGGCGGGUACCUUACCGCAUCUUGCCCUACAUCUACUGAAGCAGCUUCACUGGCCACCAGACCACCAUGAUAGGAAUCUGGACACAACUGGGCCCUGAGCUCACCCAGGAAGGGAUGACCAGCCUCUGAGAAAAGGUCAUUUGGAACAAGAUGAAGCC